CGCAAUCCAAUCGAGUUGAGUCGAAUUUUUUUGAGUGAAUCACUACAUUACAAUGGCAUUCAAGGUUGUCCUCUGUGUGGCUCUGCUGGCGAUGAUCGCCUGUGCCCAGGCGAAGCCCGGCGGCCCGGCGGCCUACUCGAUCAGCGCCCCCAGCGUGGACCACGCCUCCGUGGGCAGCACCCAGGAGCACACGGUGAAGGGCCACUACGGCCAGUCCUCCCAGUCGGACUACGCCAGCCAGGUGCAGACGGCCCACUCGCAGUCCCAUGUCCAGCGCUCGAGCAUCAGCAAUGACGCCGGCCUGGCGCCCGUCGCCGCCCACGGCUACGCAGCUGCUCCGGCCCACGCCAUCGCCGCGCCCGCCUACUCGCUGGGCUACGCCGGACACACGGCUCCCGCCCAAAUCCAGGGCGUGGCCUACGGCGGACACUACGCGGCCACGGCUCCGGCCGUGCAGAUCUCCGGACUGGGCCACCUGGGCCACUCCCUGGGACACCUGGGCCUGGGAGGCUACGGGGGCUACGGAGGCUAUGGAUAUGGCGGCUAUGGAUCCUACAGCGCCGCUCCGGCCAUCUCCCACGGAUAUCUGGCCCACGCCCCAGUCGCCGCUGCUCCGGUUGUGAAGUACGCCGCUGCUCCCUCGUACGCUCCUGGAAUCAUUGGACAUGGCAUCGGACUGGCCGCCCCCGCAUACGCAGCCCCCGCCUACGCCGCCCCUGCCUAUGCCACGCAUCUGGGCGGGCCCGUUCUGAAGGCUGCCGUCGCCGCACCCGCCCUUGUGCACACAUCGGUCUCCGGCCACGGCAUUCACUAUGGCUACUAGGGGAGCCACCGCCCAACGCCACCGCCUCCGCACCGCUCCACCCCCGCCACCGCCCCACUCGCCCAUAGAUCCGUCUGGCUAACAACACUAAUAGGAACAAUAAUACCCAGAGCGUGUCGGUAGCCGUUCGCCUUAAUUAAAACUCAAUUUGUUAACUGCACCGAGAGCCUGUGACCUGUGCGCCGUUCUCCGUUCUACGGAGCCAACCCCACCUGACCUCAACCCACCUGGGCAACGGAGAUGGGCACGGGGGAUGCAGCGCACCCCGCACGCUCCGUUUUUAUUAACGUGUUGUUGGCCCGGCCCCAGAGCUUAGACCAUCCCGUCCCCCAUCCCGCAUUGCUGAAUGUGUUUUUUUUUUUUAUCGCGGUUGAAUUUACGUUGUAUUUAAACUUAUUUUGUAAACUGAAACGAAA